AUGGUUGAACACCACCAUCGUGGUUCCAAUCAACGUCCCCAAUGCCAACCCCAACACCAAAGCCGGUUAGAUGAAGCUAUACAGCAGCUCACAUUGAACAAUUCUCAGCAUGGCUCCCAAAUCCUGGCUCCUCGUUCUGUGAUCGAGGCCCUGCCCACCGUCAGGAUAGGAGAGAGAGAUGCCAAGUCUGGUUUAAACUGCGCAGUUUGUUUAGAAGACUUUAAGGAGCAUACACGAGCAAGGAAGAUGCCCUGUAAUCAUAUGUUCCAUUCUGAUUGCAUUGUUCCUUGGUUGCUUCAACAUAAUUCUUGUCCUGUUUGUCGGCUCCGGCUACCUACGGAAAGUCCUGGAAGUGUUAUUAAGAGAGCUUUCUUCCCAUUCUUCUGGCCCUUUGGUGGUUCAUCACAACACAAUCAUGAAACAGGAGGAAGUAGCUUGACUUGA